GCCGGAGGCCGAGGCCGCGGGGCCGCCGGGGGAAGGGAGGACUUCCCAAGGUUCUGCUUUGUGCCAGAACGGUCGUUCGUUAUCAAUCGUGAACUCCGCAAGAUUCGAAUGCAAAGCCUUGAGUUCAUCGUCCAAGUUCAGAGCCGAGGUCAAAGAGCUGCCACGUACAGCAGAUCUUUGGGCUGCUGAGGGUGUGCAGACAGACACACUGCAGGAGGAAAGGGCAGCCCGUGUGACACAGUGACAGCAUCGAGCCACCUGCCUGUGUGCGCGCCUCGAUCUGCCCAGCUAGCUGCGAGACUUUGUGCUUGGGCACGGGUGACGUGGCUGACGGGCACUUAAAAUUCCGAGGGCAGUGCCACUGGUGGCUGGCACUUGCCGAAGCAGCGCAGCUCUGAACUUUCCUGAAGGGAAAAGUAGCAAAGGAAAACCCAAAGCCUCCCUGCUGGGGGCAUUUUCUGAGGAAGGAGCGUGGAUUCGUUUCUCCAGUGAAAUCUGACAUUUGAUUUGGAAGUUUUCCUGGUGGACACCUGAUCUUUCUUUCCCAGACCAAAGGAUCCCUCUGAUGCUCAGAGACAGCAUUAGGCGCUGCAGCAGGAAGAGAUGCUGUGGAGAGCUGUUAAUCCUCUGACACAGUGCCCUGGAUCCACAUGGUUGUCCUCAUGAGUACUCCCGUGGAGAAUGUCCAUGAUCUUCUUUGCCUGUGUGGUGAGGGUCAGGGAUGGGCUUCCCCUCUCAGCCUCCACAGAUUUCCAUCUCAACCAGGACUUUCUGGAAUGCAGGAAGAGAUUGAAGGCGUUAUCCUCGAUCCUGGCUCGGUAUCCCAGUCGGGGCACGGCCAAAGGACGGAACCUGAGCAUUCAUUUCCUUUCUUCUGGGGAUAUUGCCUGCAUGGCAAUCUGUUCCAGCAGCUACUCGACCAUCAUGGCCUUCUGCUUCCUGGAGGAGCUUCGCUGGGAAUUUGCUGCUUCCUACAACACAAGGAGCAUCAAUUCAGCUUCCAGACCAUAUGCUUUCAUUGAAUUUGACAACACCAUUCAGAAGGUGAAGCAGCAUUUCAGCAGCGCCCGCGGCUCCCGCGCCAAGGCCGGCUGGGAGAGGGUGGAGGAGGAGCUGAGGCUGCAGCCGCCAGUGCAGCUGCAGCUGGAGGCCACAGAGCUGCUGAACGGGCUGAGCAAUGGAGGGCACGCAGGAGGCCGUGUGGAGGUUGUCCCUACUUACAGGAUGCAGCCUGUGACCCCCCUGGGGAUCCUGUCACUUGUUCUGAACAUCAUGUGUGGAGCUCUGAACCUCAUCCGAGGAGUUCACCUGGCAGAAUAUUCCUUUCAGGAGGACCAUGAAGGAAUUGGAAAUGUGAUAGCUUUUUUUCUACCUUUUCUAGCCUGUGUUUUUCAGUGUUACCUGUACCUCUUCUACAGCUCAGCCAGGAAGGUGAAGACGUUUGCGCUCCUUUUCUGUGUCUGUUCGUGCAACAUCUACUUGUAUGGAUUACGGAACCUCUGGCAAAUCUCCUUCCACAUUGGAGUGGCUUCUCUUUCCUCUUACCAGAUCCUGACAAGGCAGCUCCUGGAGAAGCAGCCUGACUGUGGAGUAUGAAAACAAAAAAAAACCGAAACAAACUUGGGGUUUGCUACUCUGUUUUUACAACUCUUUUUUUUUUGUUGUUUGUUUGUUUUGUACUCACCUGGCCAAAAAUAGCUCGGAGUUGUUUUUAACCAUCCCAUGGCAAUGGUUAUUGCAAGGAGAACAGUUCCAAGCAGGGUUCUGUAAUUAUUACGAGGGGUGCAGCUGUAUUUCACAUGGUGCUUGGUAGUGCUUGUCAGGUUUCACCAACAGGUGAAAGCUCUUACCAUCAGCAGGCUUUUCCUCCUUGGCUGCCACCAUCCAGACAGCGUUUUGCCACUUGUCUCACUGGCUCUGGGACAGUUUGGCAGGUCAGUCUUGCCCUGCUGCUACAAAAACUCCAAUUGUGCGGUAAAACAAAGGUAAAGUGAUGGGUGAAGUUUUUGUCUCUAGAAUUUGUUAAGAUUCUUAGUAAAUUUGACUAAAAAGGAAUUGUUUGCUGUAAUUAGGUGAGUGCAACAUCAGUGGGAAAAGUGCUGAGGGGGAAGUUCAGGGUAAUUUUUCUAAGUUUGGAAGGACAGGAAAAAGCUGUGGCUCUUUUAUAAACCAUAAAGUCUAUAAAUAUCCGCUUGGCUGAACAGCACAUUGCAGUUAAGUGUGUGCUCGUGGGUUAAUUGCAAAUAUGCUUGGGGCAGCAGAAAAUAAUCCAAGUGGGUGUAAGUGAUCUCUCAGCUCGUGUGGCCUUUGUUUCUUAACUAAGGUCACUUUUAGGAUGAGGGCAAUUCCAUAUUUGCCUGUAUGGAUAAUAAAUCUUCCCAGCCUAUUUAUGACGGGCCACUGACUCCUUCACCUUUUUUUUUUAAACAAUAAUGAGUAGAAAACUAUUUCCAGGAAUAGAAAGCAAGAGCAGGUUCUCUUUGUUCUAUAAAACACCUGUGGUGAGUUUCUCAGCGUGCACUUUGGAGCAGGGGACUGCAGGGCUGGAAUUCCCAACCUCUGCUGCACUGGGAGUUCUGCUCUGUCAUGGAUCGAGGUGCACAGGGGCAUUUUAGGGCACAGAUGAAUAAUUUAGGCUGGCUAUUAAAAAAGGAAAAAUAAAAUGCCUAGCAGUUUGAUGCAGCUGUCCUUGAGGGGUUGUAGGGAUUCAAACUCAGAUGUAGACAACUGUAGGUGUGUUAUUGUGGAAUCAUGGUCCUAAAAUUUCCUCUUAUCUUUUUUUUUUAAAUUUUCUGGUCAUCCCCAUUUCUUUCACCAAAGACUGAUUUUUUUCCUCUCACAUCGUCUCUACCUCUGGUUGCAAAGAGAUUAACGUGCAGCAGAGUUGCCUUUUUUGCAGGAACACUUGACAAAAUUCCUUUCUUUUAUCUCAGUGAGUUUUCCUGGAAUCUCAGGAUGCAAACACGAGGCUCAGACCAGAAAUUUGUGGUGCUGUACCUUGGAAGCUCUUCUGGAUGCAGCUGACUGCAGCAACAGCAUCCAUGGGCAGCCCAUUACAACCUGGACAGUUUCUAGGACAUCAGGAGAAGUAGUGGCAGAGCUUUUUCCCAGGAGGAAAAUGGAGGGAUUUCUUUUUCACUGCACUUACUGUAACAGCAGCGUGAUAAAAAACCUCCAAACCGUGAAGAACACUCUGGCAGGGAUGAUGGAGGAAUAUUUUAGCCAGGCAUUUAAGGACACAGCUCGAGCUGUGUGCCAUAAGGGAAAGGUUUUCUGUUGUAAGGGAGUGGAUUAAAGUUGUUUGUCUGUCAUUAUCCCAGAUUUCUGUCAGUGCAAGUGGAGAAAUGAAGCCACAAUUCAACCACUGUCCCUGAGACACCAGGAUGACCCCACAGAUGGGAGGGGUUUGGUACUGCUCUUAAUUUUCCUGCUGUUCAGUCCUGGUUUUCCUUGGUAAAUUACUUCUGGAGACUGCAGGGAACUCAGCCACGAGUUUGGAUUACAAGUUUAAAAUAAUAAUAAUAAAAUCUGAAAGAAGAACAUCCCAAAAAUCUGACACUAGAAACAUUAACCCUUUAAGGAUAACGGAUCUGAUGGCUGGCAGGGUUUUCCAGGAGCAUAAAUUGGGUAUCAAACCACUGGAUUCCUGUGGGGAAAAGAUGAAGCAUUUUAUGCUACAGACAGACAAAACUUCACGAAGAGGAGUUCAGGACAGGAGCCAACUCCCUGCUCCUGCCUGUUUAUCCUCACUCUGGCUAAAGAGUCCUAAAGAGCUUUUCCUCUUUCUCCUGGGCUUGGCCAAAGCCAGCCCUGCUCUGGCCUGAGCACACAGAGCAUUUACAGCUCUGGGCAUUCCUCAGCCUUGUACAGAGCUGAUGGCAAAAACUGGAACAUUCCUGAUGCUUCCCCAGCAUCCAGGGGCUCUGUCCUGAACCAAAUCCAUCCCUGAGCCUUCAGCCACGGCUCUGCAGAGGAGGGGUAGAACAGGGUGUUUGGAUAGCUGUGCAAUUAACAGAGAAAGGUUAAAUUCAGCUUUUAUUGAAUUGGUUUUCCUAAAAAACGUUGCAGUAAAAUCAAACCAAAUCAGUUGGUUCGGUUCUGCCUUUGGCUAAACUUCUGUUCUUUUGCUCUGUGGAUUUUUGGGGAAUGUGGCUGAAUCUUCAGAUGUUUUAUCCCCAAUGGCAGAGCUCUGUUUUGGUGUUGGCUUUAAUCCCUUUGCAACCUCUUUAUCUUCCUGUAAUAUGUGUCAACCAUAUUAAGGAUUCUAUGUGGGUGCACUUUGUACGUUUGGGUUGGGAUUCCAGGACGAGGCAGAGCACACGGAGUUCGACCUAUUUUUAUUUUUAAUUUGCUGUUUGUCCCAUAUCCUCACGGUAUUUGUACAGGUGAACAUUUUCUCCUGGCAGAACACCAAGAGGAAUGGAAUAGUUUACAUUGAUCACAGUGCUUUAAGAUUUAAUAAAACAGAGUGACUUGCAGUUUGAGGACACAAAAUCUUGACUCGUAACACAGGAUUUUUUCCUGUAUCGAAUCAAAUCCCCAAAGAGGAAUCUAUCCCCUUUUUUUUUUUUUUUUUUUUUUUUUUUCAACUUUAAACUGCUUGAUGUGGUCUGAAUUGCAUCUUCUUCAUUCUGUCACUUGGCAAGAUAAGUCUUUUGGAAACUCCUUUCCUCACCCAGCACAAGCAAAUUAGCAAAGAAUAAACUUCCAUAAUUUCCAGAUUUUCAGUGCUUAGUCACUUUAUGAAGCUGGUAAUUGUCUGGGUUGUUUUUUUCUUUUUUUUUUCCUCCCUUUCUCCCAAAGACCUGUUGAGUUUGUAGAAGGUGGGCUGGUACCUUUUUCGACAUUUUUUGCACUGUAUUAAUAAUUGAACCUGUGUAAAUGUGUAUAAAAUCAUUUUGCAUGUGUGUGUAUAUAUGUACAUAUAUCUAAUAA